AUGGGGGCUGAUAACGUGACCUGGGUCAAUGAGUUCAUCUUGUUGGGACUCUCCACUGACCAGCAGACUCAAGCUGGACUCUUUGUGCUGUUUGGGGCAAUGUAUUUGCUGACCUUGCUGGGUAAUGGGCUGAUCAUCCUUCUGAUAUGGCUGGAUGCUCGACUCCACUCCCCCAUGUACUUCUUCCUCUGCAACCUCUCAGUUGUUGACAUCAUCUACACCACCAGUGGGGUCCCACAGAUGCUAGCACAUUUUCUCAUGGAGAAAAAGACCAUCUCCUAUACCCGAUGUGCCACCCAGCUCUUCUUCUCUUUGGCAUUAGGAGGAAUUGAGUUUCUACUGUUGGCAGCAAUGGCUUAUGACCGCUACGUGGCAGUCUGUGACCCCUUGCAAUAUGUCAUGGUCAUGCAUCGAGGAAUGUAUGUGAGCCUGGCCAUAGUCUCCUGGCUCAUUGGCCUGGCCAAUUCAGCAGUGGAGACAGCAGUCACAGUGAGACUCCCCACUUGUGGAAAAAAUGUCUUGAACCAUGUGGCUUGUGAGACUCUGGCCCUGGUGAGGUUGGCUUGUGUAGACAUCACCUUUAAUCAGAUCAUUAUUUUAAUAUCUAGUGUCAUCGUGCUCCUGGUGCCCUGCUGCCUGGUUUCUCUGUCCUAUGCUCAUAUUGUAGCAGCCAUCCUACGUAUCCGUUCCACCCAAGGACGCCGCAAAGCCUUUGGGACAUGCACUUCUCACCUCACUGUGGUUUCCAUGUCUUACGGGAUGGCUUUGUUCACCUAUAUGCAGCCCCGUGCCAGUGCCUCAGCUGAGCAGGACAAAAUGGUAGUGCUCUUCUAUGCUGUGGUAACUCCCAUGCUUAAUCCCCUGAUUUAUAGUCUCAGAAACAAGGAUAUGAAAGCUGCCCUGAGAAAAGUGAUAGGAAGGAGCUCAGCCUGA